CGGCAAUGUGGGUUUUAACUUGAAUAGGAGAAAAAUCAAUCGCUGCCAGCCUCCCGUCUCCGUAACCAAGGCGACGCGUAAACAGUGGGGAGACGUCGCGGCGGCCGAUGCACGUCCCGUUCUCGUUUUGACGGCUUUGUUUUGGAUAUUUUCACGUAAUUUGUGUUUAUUUUAAUUGCAACUGGAUGUAAAUAAUGGCUGAGGAAGGAGUGGCAACUGUGGGGGCAGCUGAAAAAGUGAUACACACUUAUCCGCUUAUAAGGCAUUCGGACAUGUCGGAAGAGAUGAGAGUGGAGGCCAUGGAGCUGUCCGUGACAGCGUGCGAGAAGUACUCCCAGAACAACGAGCUGGCGGCGCGGAUGGUCAAGGAAUCUAUGGACAAGAAGUUCGGCCCGGCGUUCCACGUGGUCGUCGGCGAAAGCUACGGCUUCGAAAUCACGUACGAGUGUACGACCAUUUGUUACAUGUAUUUCGGCGGUAACCAAGCGAUCUGCAUAUGGAAGUGUUCUUGAAGACGCACCUACCUAUACCUAUUGUGUAAAAUGAGACUGGAGAAUUACCUAUUGGUGUUUGGUCGGAUUGGUUAUGCGCUGUGAACAGGGUUGGCAAUCGAUGCAGUGUUUUGACUAAAGUAGAUACAUAGCAAUAGCACCAGAUAUAUUUUUGAAAAAUAUCGAGAAGCCUUAAUAGCGAUAAAAAAACAAAUGUUUUAAAAUAAACUUUUACAAGCCUUUGUUUUUACUUUAAAGCGGUAUUUAGAUACAUUACGAAAUUAGUGGCACGAUAUUAGUUUCACGACAUUAAUUUCGUCGUCAA